GGGCCACGUGACGAGAGUGGGCGGGGCGUCUAAGUUCAUAUCCCAGCGUCCUUUGUACCUACUUUCUUUCUGUCCUCUUUCCGGCUUUCAAGAUGUCGAAGCGAGGACGUGGUGGGUCCUCCGGUGCGAAAUUCCGGAUUUCCCUGGGUCUUCCGGUAGGAGCCGUGAUCAACUGUGCUGACAACACAGGAGCGAAAAAUCUGUAUAUCAUCUCUGUGAAGGGGAUCAAGGGACGACUGAACAGACUUCCCGCUGCUGGUGUGGGUGACAUGGUGAUGGCCACAGUUAAGAAAGGCAAACCAGAGCUCAGAAAAAAGGUACAUCCGGCAGUGGUAAUUCGACAGCGAAAGUCAUACCGGAGAAAAGAUGGUGUGUUUCUUUACUUUGAAGAUAAUGCAGGGGUCAUAGUAAACAAUAAAGGCGAGAUGAAAGGUUCUGCCAUUACAGGACCCGUUGCAAAGGAGUGUGCGGACUUGUGGCCCAGGAUUGCAUCCAAUGCUGGCAGCAUUGCAUGAUGUCCAGUAUGUUUGUAAAAACAUUAAAAA